CACACCUUCCCCUCCCCAAUCUUCCCCUCUUCCAGUGAAGUCAUUGUGCUGAUCAUCACAUCCUCCUCUCCUGCUAUCAAUUAGACAGAUCAAAACAUCAGGCAGCCAUGGCAGCUCUUCGGUUCAAGACUUUUCUUCUGGUGUCUUUACUCCUCCUCCUCAUCACGCCUUUCUCUCAUGGCAUGGUUGAGGGUGGCAUGCAGGCCAAAUACUCAUCACUUGAACGGGGUGGGAAAGGGAUGAUCCAAAUGAGAUCAUCAAGGAAGCUGCUGAUGGGUGCAAUGCUGGAUUACGAUGAUACAGGCGCUAACCCUAAGCACGACCCCAGGAAAAAACCUGGCAAGCCCUGAUCAUAUAAUUACUAUUUUUAUCUAGAAAGAAAUUAAGAAUGGUUCUCUCUGUCUUUUCAGAGGUUUUGAUCAUCUAGUAUUACAAAGGGCAUAAUGUUAUGGUGUUGUUAAAUGAGAUUUUAUUUAGAGAGUAAUACCAAUAUAUUUAUUUACUAUUAAACCCUACUCAGUGGUACGUACGUAGUCUAUUAUGAUUAAAUUAAGCUCUUAAACUAUUGUGUUAUCGCAAUACAUUGUUAUUGUAUCCCCAAUGUGAAAUUUAUGUUUGUGUUGCAAUAAUUAUAUAUUAAGAAUAAAUAAUGAAGUCU